AUGCGUCGACACAGUGCUUUUGCGUCACACGACUGCUACAGGAAUAAUGGGUUUCGCUACCGUGGUCAUGCCAGCUACACAGAGGACAAAUACAGCUGCCUGCCCUGGGACUCUUAUCACCUGCUUAGGGAAAGCGUCAGCGCCUUCAUACCUGAAAUAUGGGAGCACGGAAUAGGCGAGCACAACUUCUGCCGAAAUCCAGAUGGCGCAGAGAAACCGUGGUGUUACUUUAUGAAUGAGAACGGGAAGCUGAGAUGGAACCUUUGUGAUGUUCCGGAUUGUGCAAAGACAUCGCAACCUAAUGUAACCGCAACUAUGAAGCUGGCAAAAUCCACAGCGCCCCCCAGCGUAACGGCGAAAGCAGACAUUUCAUUUCCCACUUGUGGCGUCAGAGAGCUGGCUAAUGACACUCGCAGAAGGAUAAUUGGUGGGAAGAGGGCACAGCCUGGCAAACACCCGUGGCUGGCGUCGCUCCAGCUAAAGUCUCCUGUGCCACCAUUUCCUGCCGGCCACCUCUGUGGGGGCGUUUUAAUUGCUGAGUGUUGGAUCCUGACCGCUGCCCACUGUGUAAAGCCACUGCCGCUGCCAAGCCUCUGGAAAGUGUUGCUGGGUAAAGUGGAUCUGCGGAAGGUGGAGACCCCUGAGCAAGUGUUUGCAGUAGAGAAGAUAAUUAUGCAUGAAAGUUUCAGGGAGGGACUCAGUAGUUUACACAAUGACAUUGCUCUUAUGAAACUAAAGAAAGUGAAUGGAAAAUGCGCGCGAGAGACGCAGUACGUGAAGACGGCGUGCUUACCAGACCAAGAGGUCUCGCCGGGGAAGAUCUGUCUAAUAUCUGGCUGGGGGAUGACAGAAACAGGUGCGUCACCUGCUCAGAUGCUUGACGCCACCGUCCAGGUGAUCCCGGUCAGCAACUGCUCCAGUACCGCAUCGUAUGGGAAAUUGAUUGACAGCAGUAUGGUCUGCGCCGGAGUCCCCGAAGGAGGAGUGGACAGCUGCCAGGGCGAUUCUGGCGGUCCGCUGGCCUGCGAUCACAGUGGGGUGAUACAAGUCGCCGGCGUGGUGAGCUGGGGAGAGAGGUGCGGCGUUAAGGACAAGCCGGGGGUUUACGCUCAUGUGUUCAGAUUCGUCUCGUGGAUCGAAAAUAUAAUUAAAGUGUUUCCCUAAGACUGCGCUGUGAGAAUGGACGCGGCGUACACAAUGUAAC